AGUUGUUUUUAAAUUGGCAAAACGGCGAAGUUAAACUGUAAAUAUUCACGUGGACGUAUAAGUAUUGAGUUUGGGUUCGUGCACGCAGAAUGGGAUAGCAUCGGAAACAUUCUCUGUAGCUAAGAGCGACGAGUAAGAUCGACUGGGCGAGAUUGGUUGGUUGAGAUAAGAUGAUAGAUCCAUCAUCAUCUGAAGAAGACAGUGAUGAAGAGCAUGGAACUGGACAUCAUGCAGGACAUCACCCAUCGGGCCAUCAUCAUGCACAUCAUCACCCAUCUCAUCAAAUGCCGGCUGAAACGUCCCCGUACCACAGCCACCCUCACAGCGGUUCCGAACUAGGCAGUGGAAAUUUGGAGGUACCAAACAAUGCAAAUCCACAGCGUUCUUUAUCACCAUCAAGUGCCGUGUCAGCCGAAACGCUGACUCACAGUAUAGGAUCAAGAACAAAUUCCUUACCAAGACCCACGAGCCCAUCCCCAUCGGUAGCGUCCGAGAAAACCGAAGUAGAUCUACAAGAGAAACAGGAACGUGAGGAGGAGGAGAGGAAACGACGAAUACAGCUCUACGUUUUUAUAUCGAGAUGCAUCGCGUAUCCGUUCAACGCCAAACAGCCGACCGACAUGACUCGAAGACAAACGAAAAUCACCAAGCACCAGCUGGAGACGAUCACCACACGGUUUCAGAGUUUUCUGAAGGGUGAAACACAAAUAAUGGCCGACGAAGCCUUCCAGAACGCCGUGCAGAAUUACUACGACGUGUUCCUGAAAUCGGAGCGGGUCAUCAAGAUGGUGCAGUCCGGGGCGUGUUCGCAGUUCGACUUCAGGGAGGUCUUUCGAAACAACAUCGAGAAACGGGUUAGGUCUUUGCCGGAGAUAGAAGGAAUUAGCAAGGAAACUGUCUUCACAUCAUGGAUGGCGAAAUUCGACUGUAUUUUGAAAGUUGCGGGAGACGAAGAUAGCAAGAGGCCUUCUAGAAUGCAACAAAACUUAAAUUCCGAACUAAUUUUAACCAAAGAACAGCUUUACGACAUGUUUCAACAAAUAUUAGGUGUUAAAAAAUUCGAACAUCAACUACUUUUCAAUGCGCUACUGCUUGACUCUGCCGAUGAACAAGCAGCAGCCAUUAGAAGGGAAUUAGAUGGGCGAAUGCAAAAAGUAGCAGAAAUGGAAAAGAAUCGAAAAUUAAUGCCGAAAUUCGUUUUAAAAGAAAUGGAGUCUCUGUACAUAGAAGAACUGAAAUCAUCAAUAAACUUAUUGAUGGCCAACCUAGAAUCUCUGCCCGUAUCUAAAGGAUCAAUGGAUUCUAAAUAUGGCUUACAAAAACUAAAACGCUAUAAUCACAGGUUGCAUAACCAUAAUAAUUCGUAUAAUGUGAAGCACAUAUUGAUGAAUUAUGUUACUUCUUUUAGAUCGCAAGGAUCUUUAGCAAAACUUGAAGGAGAUUCUGCCGAUAGCGAUACACAACUAACAAAACUUGAUGUAGUUUUAACUUUUCAAUUAGAGGUUAUUGUUAUGGAAGUUAGAGGUUUAAAAUCUUUGGCUCCCAACAGAAUUGUGUAUUGUACCAUGGAGGUGGAGAACGGCGAGAAGCUGCAAACAGAUCAGGCGGAGGCGUCGAAACCGAUGUGGGACACUCAGGGGGACUUCUGCACCACUCAUUCGCUGCCCGUCGUCAAAGUGAAGCUAUACACCGAAAAUCCAGCCAUGCUCGCCUUAGAAGACAAGGAGUUGGGGAAGGUUAUUUUGAAACCCACUCCACUGUCACCAAAGGCUCCCGAAUGGCACAAAAUGAGCGUACCUAAAAAUCUUCCUGACCAAGAUUUAAAGAUAAAGAUCGCGUGUCGGAUGGAUAAGCCUUUAAACAUGAAGCACUGUGGCUAUUUGUACGCGUUAGGGAAGAACGUGUGGAAAAAAUGGAAGAAGAGAUACUACGUCUUAGUGCAAGUGUCUCAAUAUACCUUUGCAAUGUGUAGUUACAAAGAAAAGAAAUCGGAACCUUCAGAGAUGAUGCAGCUAGACGCAUACACUGUAGAUUACAUCGAAGCAUCUAGUGCAAACUUGAUGGUUGGAAUGGGUAAGCAUUUGGAAGGUGGCAGGUACUUUUUCAAUGCUGUCAAAGAAGGUGACAGCAUUAUAUUCGCCAGUGACGACGAAAAUGAAUGUCACCUUUGGGUUAUGGCCAUGUACAGAGCCACUGGCCAAUCCCACAAACCCACGCCACCUGUCACCCUUCAAGACAAAAACUCCACCAUUUCCAAAAUACAAGGCGUUUCAGAUGCUGAUCGUGCCAGAAAACACGGCAUGGAAGAUUUCAUUUCAGCUGAUCCUUGUCAGUUUGAUCAUGCUUCGAUGUUUAAAAUUCUUCAGAAUCUAACCUUAGAGUAUCGUUUAAGUGAUCCUUAUUGUUCUUUGGGUUGGUUUAGCCCUGGUCAAGUUUUCGUAUUAGAUGAAUAUUGUGCUAGAUAUGGUGUAAGAGGAUGUUAUAGACAUUUGUGUUACCUCUCCGAUCUGUUAGAUAGAGCAGAGAAAAACGUUAUGAUAGACCCAACGCUGAUCCAUUAUAGUUUUGCGUUUUGUGCUAGUCAUGUACACGGAAACAGUAAUAACUUUAGACCUGAUGGAGUUGGAAGUGUGACGCAUGAGGAAAAGGAGAAAUUCCAGGAGAUCAAGGAAAGAUUGCGCGUUUUAUUAGAAAACCAAAUAACAAAUUUCAGGUACUGCUUCCCAUUUGGCAGACCUGAAGGUGCUUUAAAAGCGACCCUUUCGUUGUUAGAAAGGGUCCUAAUGAAAGACAUCGUCACCCCAGUACCGCCGGAAGACGUUCGUGGAAUGAUCAAAAAAUGUUUGGAAACUGCCGCACUAGUCAACUACACCAGGUUGUCGUCCGAAGCCAAAAUUGAAGUCUCUGUUUCCGCUGUUGCAGAAGACCUAAGGGGCGAAACAAUGGUUUCACCCAACAAGAAACUAGAUGAUUUAAUUCAUCUAGCUGAAUUGUGCGUCGACUUGUUACAACAAAACGAAGAACAUUAUGCCGAGCAACUGCGCAAGGCAGAGCGGCAACCGUCUACUCAAGCAGCCUCAGCGGGAACUAAUAGUAGUAGUCCCGCUCCAGGCACUCCGGUCCGUGACGCCAAGCACCAAAACUCUGUGUCUCGCUAUUGCAUGCCUCAGCAUGCCACUUACACUCCUGAUGCCACUAAUCCUACGGCCUUCGCUUGGUUCAGUGAUCUACUGGUGGAACAUGCCGAGAUCUUUUGGUCAUUGUUUGGCGUCGACAUGGACAGAGUGCUUGCGGAGCAACCACCUAACAGUUGGGAGUCAUUCCCACUGUUUCAGAUCCUCAAUGAUUAUUUGAGAGCUGAUGACAAUUUGAAGAAUGGCAGGUUCCAUCGUCAUCUCAGAGAUACAUUUGCCCCAUUGGUUGUUCGAUAUGUAGACCUAAUGGAGUCGUCAAUUGCUCAGUCGAUUCAUAAAGGUUUCGAGAAGGAAAGAUGGGAGAUCAAAGGGAAUGGCUGUGCGACAUCCGAGGACUUGUUCUGGAAACUGGAUGCGUUGCAGUCGUUCAUCCGGGAUCUGCAUUGGCCGGACGCGGAAUUCCGACAGCACUUGGAGCAGCGUUUGAAACUGAUGGCUUGCGACAUGAUGGAGUCUUGCAUCCAAAGAACCGAAACUGCCUUCCAGCAGUGGCUUAAAAAGACUGUCACAUUUAUAUCAACCGAUUAUAUUUUGCCCUCUGAAAUGUGCGCCAUGGUCAAUGUUAUUUUGGAUGCCAAGAAUCAGUCGUUUAAAUUGUGCGCUGUUGAUGGUAUAGAUUUGCAUCAGUAUCAUACGAAAAUCGACGAUCAAAUCGAUAAGACGUUAGCGAGCAUGAAUCAAGGUAUGAUCAAUAAACUGAUGUCAGUUUUAGAAGCCACUCUAUCAAAACUGUCAAGGUAUGAUGAGGGAAGCUUAAUAGGUUCGAUUCUAAGCUUUACGAACGUCUCUGGUUCUGGCAAGGAUAUGGGUCAAGGUUAUGUGAAUUUCACACGUAACUGCAUGGACCAGAUUAGGGGGAAGGUGACAGAUGAAUUAUGGAUUUUGAAUUUUUUUGAACAAUGGUACACCAGUCAAAUCAAUAUGCUUUGCAACUGGUUAUCAGAACGGCUGGAUCAUACUUUGCAUCCACACCAAUGUACGUGCCUUGCUCAUAUAGUAAAGAAAAUAUAUUCCGAUUUUGAACUCCAAGGUGUUAUGGAAGACAAACUGAACUCAAAAGCUUAUCAGACGAUAGCUCAAAGAAUGCAAACUGAAGAAGCCACAUGUGCGCUUACUGUCGGACAAAAUGAAGGUAUGGAUGGUUUAGAAGAAGAGUCGGAGAGCCGGAACAAAUCAAAAAUAAUGGAAAGUUUGGGCGGCGAAGAUGGAAAUUUCGUGUCGAAUGUUGGCACCAUGGUAGCCGGUAGAGUUGGCAAUAUGCUUGGUAAAAGUCUUGGAGGCAUAGGUUCAAAAUUAGGAGGGGGAACAAGCAGUUGGUUUUAAUUUAUCGAUAGCUUAUUAUGAUAAGUUAAUUUUUCUCCUAUUCUAUAUUCUAUCUAUGUUAACUUCUUGUCUUUUGAAUCGGUCAAUAUGAUCUGUAUUGGCUGAAUCAAUAAAUUUCAUUAUUAUACUUACGAUAUUUUAUUUUGCAAUUGUUUGUCUCUAUUAAAAUGAAAGGAGCGAAGUUAAAAAUAAUUUGCUAGUGGGGCAAUUGGAGGUGAUGAAUUUAAAGCAUCUCCUUCGAUUAUAGCGCAGAUAUUGCGGUGAUAUUAAAUGCCUUAAUAUUAUUUUAAUACAUCAGCUACAGUAUUUAUAUUAAAUGCUUUAGGAACCUUUCAAAUUCGAACGCUAUUUUAGAAAAUAGAAUUUAGAUUGGCUCCACCGAACUUGUUUUGCGCAUACAUCAAGUUAACAAAGAGGUGAUAUUAGUUUUUGUUAAUACAAAAUACUGUUGAUUUGAUGUAAAUGUAAAAUAACGAAAGGCUGUUUCGAAUGUAAAAAAGUGUACGAAUUUCAUUUUAAUAGAAAUAAUAUCACAUGACAUGCAAGUUUUGAUUUGGCAAGUGUAUUUUAGAUUUGCAUUACAUCAUGUAGGUCGUUCAGUAAGUAAUAUUUUAUGUUCUAUGUACUUCCAGUAAGUGCAUAUCUAAUAUGCAGGUGCACUUGGAACAUAUUGUUUUUUAUUGUUAUACUUACAUACAUACAUAUUAUACAUACAUAGCUUUAUAUGCUGGCAUCGGGUUGUAUUACAAUCAUACUUGAAACGUUAAAGAAGUGACGAUUUUUUCAGAUCCAGUUCUCAAUAUGACACAAUUCUUUCCUUUGACAUGUUUGCGAAAGUGAAUUGAAAUUUUUACAAGGGGGUUAAGUGAAAAAUUUAUGGACAAUUUCAGGUAAAUUAUACUUUCAAAUACGGAAAAUUGAUAUUCGAGGAAAAUGUUUGUGGAAUAUUACAAUUGGAUCAAUAAAAAGAACGUUCCUUCAGAGCAUCUUAUCAAAUAUUCAUAAGGCAAGUUACUAUAAAGUCGAAUAUCCUAGAUUAUAAAAACUGUUAAAUAACAACGAUAAAAGAAUCCUAUUAUCUAUAUAUUGCAUGCUGUUUUCUCUAUAGUUAUUUCACCAGAAACAUUGAUGAGUACAAAUUUAUGGUUAAACUUAGAUAGUGUUGUUUUUCUAAUGACAUACAUUUAGGUAUAUUUGACAAGUGUGAUAGGCUUGGAUAGAUUUAAGUUAACAACUAACUCUUCAAUGUCUCAUCUUCAUUCUUCUAUUCUUAAGUAUAUCUUAUUGCAAAUUUAACUAACUGUUUGAAUUAUUAUUAUAAUUCUAUAAAUGUUGUAGAAAUAAACAAUUUAAAAUUACGUUUAAACUAUCUGAAUAAAUGCGAUUUAUAACUAUAUUAAUAAACACUUUAUAGUAACUAUUUUCUGUUUCUUAUUUAAUACAGGCGCACAGUUUUAUACGUACGGAUUCCACGUAAAUUCGACCAAAGCUUUCAGCAUCUUUCGCAGUUGUGGACAAAAGUAUUCAAUCUACUGUUACGUUUGUCCAUCAACCAAAAUCGAAAUCCUGAAAAGUCCGAAAGUCCAUCCUGAAGCUCUGGUCCAAUUUACGUGGUGUACGACAGGAAAAGUAAUAAGUAAAUUCAAUAAAGGUGAAAUUUUAUAAUAUUAAUGACAUAUCAAAUAUCAUUCAAAAAAUAUAAUAAAUAAUAAUAUGAAUUAGUUUACUUUGACUUUAGUUUUAAACAACGAUGUUCGACCUAUGAUGUCAACACAAAAAGCGUUGUCACCUAAUCUUACAGCCUAUAUUAAUAAUAUUUAUAAUAUCGUUCAAAUAUUGUUAUGUUUAACAACUUGUAAUUACGGUAAAUAAUAAAUUGUUUUUAAUACCAA